CUCGCCAUCGAUCAUGCCCAGGGCCUCGACAGGAAAGACCAAGGGCGUGCGACACGACCCGCUGCAUGUGCAGAUUGAUGCGGACGCGGCGCUCCGGCGUUUCGGACGCGUUAGCGCGCCGGACAAGCGGAAGAAGAAGGAGGAUGGGAGCGAUGACGAGCAGCGACCGGAGGAUGCGCGCAUGUCGCGCAAGAUUCUCGAGCUCGCGCGCGAGCAGGCGGACGAGGUGGGGCGCGAGCUGGGUGGCGAGGAGGAGUGGGGAGACGAAGACGAGGUGCCAGCAGGGCGGGCACGAGCGAUGAGCAGCGACUUGGAGAGCGACGAUGACUUCGGCGGCGACGUGAGCGGCGGCGAGGAGGAGGCUGAGCUGCACAUCGACCCCGAGGACCACGCCACGCUCGACGCACUCAAUGCCAACAAGCCGGAGGAGGGAGGACAGACGCUUGCCGAUAUCAUCUUUGCCAAGAUGGCUGCGGGGCCGGUGGUCGACGACGGACCGCCCGACCCGAAGCAGGGGCUCAACCCCAAGGUUGUGGAGGUGUACACGAAGGUCGGUUUCCUUCUGUCGCGGUACAAGUCUGGGCCGCUCCCAAAGGCGCUCAAGAUUUUGCCGUCGCUGCCGCACUGGGCGCAGCUCGUGGCCCUGACCGAGCCGACGAAGUGGACGCCGCACGCGACGUACGGGUGCACCAAGAUCUUCGUGUCGAACCUGAAGCCCUCCGAGGCGCGCGUGUUUCUGGAAGGCGUGCUUCUCGAGCGUGUGCGCGACAACAUCCGCGACGAGGGCAAGCUCAGCGUGCACCUGUACGAGGCGCUCAAGAAGGCGCUGUACAAGCCCGCGGCGUUCUUCAAGGGCGUUCUCUUCCCGCUGUGCGAGUCGGCGUGCUCGCUCAAGGAGGCGGCCAUCGUCGGCUCGGUGCUCACCAAGGUGUCCGUGCCCGUCCUGCACUCGGCGGCGGCGCUCAUGCGCCUCGCGAGCAUGGACUACUCGGGCCCCAACUCGCUCUUCAUUCGCAUCUUGCUCGACAAGAAGUACGCGCUGCCUUACAAGGUCGUCGACGCACUCGUGUUCCACUACAUCCGCCUCGCGAACUCGGAGCGCUCGAAGGACGGCGAGGACAAGCUCCCCGUCCUCUGGCACCAGAGUUUGCUCGUCUUCGUGCAGCGCUACGGCUCCGACCUCACCGCGGACCAGAAGGAUGCGCUUCUCGAUGUCAUCCGCGUGCGCCCUCAUCCCACGAUUUCGGCCGAGAUCCGCCGCGAGAUCGUCGCAAGCGUCGAGCGUGGCGCACCGCGCCCAGACGGGGACAUCGAGAUGUCGUAGUUGUUGGGACUGGGGUUUAUAGACAUAUGCACUGUAUGAUAGCGGGG